GGGGUCAUCAAACAUCAAGCCUCAUUCGAUGAGUUGACUAAACAGAAUGCUGACUUAAUAAGCAUGUUAGAGAAGGCAACAGACGCUGAAGACUUGAAUGAAGAGACAGCCGAAACUAGUACCGAGAAUAUGAACAAAUAUCAGAGAACCACAGAGAAAACAUCUCACCUUAUGAAUUCGUCUCGGCGAAGUUCUGCCAAGUCCUCGCGGCGAUCCAGUGUGAUUUCACAAAGCAUAGAAAAUUUCGACAACACUAAAGAUGACGACGAGGAAGUUGCGACAGGAAUAAUGUCUAACAAAGUGUACACUGACUACUUUUCAGCAAGUGGUUCUAUGUGCACGUUAGUAGUCCUUUUUCUAAAUUUGAUAAUAUCCCAGAUCGCAUGUAGCGGCACAGAUUACUGGAUUACUUAUUGGACUAAUAUAGAAGCAGUUCGAGAAAAAUCGAAGAAUCAGAUCAUCACAACACUUACUGAUACCGAAUAUGUUACUGCAGUGAACGACACUAUUCUUUCGUUUUUUUCGCUAACCGAUGAAACAGGUUUUAUCACCAGAAACAACGCCAUUUACAUCUAUACUUUCUGCAUCAUUUGUACUAUAAUAUUUACUUUGUCACGUAAUUUUCUUUUUAUAUGUGUUUGCAUGACUGCUAGUCGUAAUUUACAUAAUACUAUGUUUGCUAACAUACUGCAAGCCACUAUGCGCUUUUUCAAUACCAAUCCUUCAGGGAGGAUUCUAAACAGAUUUUCGAAAGAUGUUGGUUGUAUGGAUGAAUUACUGCCAAAGGCUUUUAUAGACGCGAUACAAGUUUUUCUCGUAAUGAUCGGAAUAAUAACCAUGGUACUUAUCGUUGACUAUUGGAUGACAAUACCAAUUGUUAUAAUAGCAGGGCUCUUCUACGUGUUUAGAAUAUACUAUUUGUAUACAGCACAAGACAUCAAACGCCUAGAAGGAAUCACGAAAAGCCCGGUAUUCUCUCAUGUUAACGCAACGAUGAAUGGGUUGACAACAAUAAGAAGUCGAGGAAAAGACAUUGAAAAUAUGCUACAAGAGGAAUUCGAUAGAUAUCAGGAUACUCAUACAGGAGCAUGGUAUCUCACGAUUGCCACAUCUUGUGCAUUUGGUUUCGUUCUUGACUUGAUUGCCUGCGCAUUCGUGGCAUGUGUCUGUUUCUCCUUCAUCAUAAUGGAUAAUGGUGAUACAUUUGGCGGCAACGUGGGCUUGGCCAUAUCACAAUCAUUAAUCCUUACGGGAAUGCUGCAGUAUGGAGUGAGACAAAGUGCAGAAGUUAUGGCUCAAAUGACGUCUGUAGAAAGAAUUUUGCAGUAUACAAAUCUCCCUAAGGAAGGACCAAUGACUACAAGUAAUCCACCACCGUCAACGUGGCCAUCGACGGGUCACUUGACACUGAAAGAUGUUUACAUGAGAUAUAAUAAAGAUGAUCUACCUGUACUUAAAAAUCUUUGUCUGGACAUAAAAGAUGGAUGGAAGGUCGGUAUAGUUGGCAGAACAGGAGCCGGAAAGUCGUCUCUCAUAUCAGCGCUGUUUCGGCUAUCAGAUGAUGGUCUAGAAGGAGAAAUUAAACUCGACGGAAUCGAUAUUCGAUCAAUUGGUUUGCAUGAAUUACGACCUUGUAUUUCUAUUAUUCCACAAGAGCCGGUCCUGUUUUCCGAAAGUUUACGAUACAACUUAGAUCCAUUUGGACGGUACCCUGACGCAGCUCUUUGGAGUGCCCUUAAGGAAGUAGAAUUGAAUGAACUUUCGCUAGAUGACCAAGUUACCGGCGGUGGUAACAAUUUUAGUGUUGGUCAAAGACAAUUGAUUUGUCUAGCUAGAGCUAUUCUUCGGAAUAAUCGGAUUCUAGUUCUAGACGAAGCUACAGCUAAUAUAGAUAUUCAAACCGAUUCAUUAAUCCAACGGACCAUAAGAACUAGAUUUGCAAGCUGUACUGUCUUGACUAUAGCACAUAGACUAAACACGAUCAUCGAUAGCGACCAAGUUUUAGUGAUGGACAACGGUGCUAUGGUUGAAUUUGGUGUCCCUUAUCUACUACUACGUGAUAAACCCAAUGGACCGUUCAGUCAAAUGCUACAGCAAAUGGGAAAAGUAAUGGUGGAUAAUCUCUAUCAUCUUGCCGAAAUGUCUUACAUACAGAAGCAAGCUGAACAGCUAAAUCACAACACGUUGGAAACAAGUACUAUGGCAAGAAUUAAUACAAAUAACACCAACAUACAAGAUUCAACCCAUAUGUAAUCACAUCAUAAACGUCUUGAUGUAGAUAUCUUAAAAAUAUCACAAUUUUACGAAAGGAGUCUGUUAGAAUCUAAGGUUCACGCACUUACUGUAUCUAUCAGUGCUAACUGAUACUACGUUAAUGUCACUCAGUUCCAAUUGUGCCGCUGGGCAGUUAGUUCAUUGUAGAAUUUUCUGCGAGUAAUUUGUGCUGAAAUUUUAUGUAAUUUUCAUUUGAAUACAGUCGAAAUCUCUCAUAGCUUACAUUUUCAUACGUUGAUGCAUAAAGUUUCACACGGUGACUAACCAGGGCGCUUAAUAAAUGUGUAACAGGUUUUUGUUUACAACAUUACACGUGUUAGAAAAGGAAAACCAUACACAGAGCAACAGGCCCACUCCAGCCAGCUCUGGCCCGUGAUUGGUACAUCACAUAGCUUAUUUUGCCUCCACAUUACGUAAGCUAUGAGAGGUUCCACUGCAAGUCCUUCGUUCUAAAUACACACUCUAUACUAGCAUA